AGUAUCGGAGUAAAACUGUAACAAGUUACUUAUCUCGACGUGGCGAUUUCCACCAAAGACCAUCAAAGGCGGUCGGCCAAAUAAUCCCCCUCUACCCAAGCGUAGAGCGGUAACAUAAAACAUCAAAAAAAAAAAUACAUAACUUAUCAAAGGAAUAUAACCGUCAAUAUAACACUCAAGAAUAAACAAAAACCUGCACCAGAUAACGACUAUACCUAUGUAAUAAGGGCAAAAUGUCGUCGACGGCAGCUGCCACAGAAGCUAUAGCUUGCAGGCUGGGAAAGCAGCAACGGCGACGACUGGCAGCGUUUGACUUUGAUCACACAAUUGUAGCGCAAAAUACGGACACUGUGGUGAGAGAUUUACUUCCUCCGGAAGUGGUCAGCUCACGGACCCUCAACGAGCUGGUGGAAAACGAUUGUUGGACCGAGUACAUGUCUGAAAUUUUUCGUCUGCUCCAUGAGCAACAAGUCACGGAGGCGCGCAUUCGAGACACCAUCCGAGUCAUACCGGAGGUGCCAGGCUUCGUGCGCCUCAUUAAGCAUCUACACAAGAAACUUAACUUCGACAUGAUCAUCAUCAGUGACUCGAACAGUGUUUUCAUCGAAGAGUGGGUCAAGGCGUACAACAUGGCCGACUGUUUCGUGGCCAUCUUCACCAACCCCGCUGAGUUUGAUUCCAAUGGGCAGCUUCAGGUGCGGCCACACCACCAGCAGAGCGAGUGCAAGCUGAGCGCCAGCAAUCUCUGCAAAGGGCGCGUCCUUGAGCACUUUGUCAUUGAACAGGAUUUGCGGCGAAGUAUCCGCUAUGACCACGUCUUCUAUGUGGGCGACGGCAACAACGACAUCUGCCCCGUGUUGCGACAACGGGCUUGUGACUUUGCCUGCGCCCGUCAAGGCUUCGCCAUGGAGAAGCAUUUGAUUCGGAACCGCAACAAAUUAAAGCUGCGGGCGCAGCUGUUGGUCUGGAGGAGUGGCUUUGACCUGAUGGAACAGAUGCUGUCCUUGCCGCAAAUGCAAGUUCCACCAGUUGACUUUAAGACUGCAGAGGGCCAGGCAGAGAUGGCGCGGCGAGCAUCUGCGGUCACUGGUCCAUCCAAGCAGACCAAUUAAAUUUUCAAUUCGAAACUAAACAUUUUCUUGGCACAUUCGAGUGUUAUUUGUCUGCCCCUGUCUAUUAAAUGUGAUCUUGGAACUUGCACAUGCACAAGUAUGCGUAUUUUUUUAUAUUGGUAUACAUUAAUGUAUAUAUACAUACAUACAUGUAUAUAUGCAUACAUAUAUAAAUACAUGUAUGUUCUCGAUUUAAUAUCUAAUCCGAUAAAGCCUUUGUGUGUAAUUACGUACAAUAUCCUUAACUUGGGGCAUUGUAGUACAGCUGUAGGAGGCGCUUUGAUGAUGUUAAUGUUACAUAGUGGUCUCUCUCUGUCUCUUUUGGCACACGCAGCGCCAAGUCGUUUUAUGUAUAAUAUGUAGCUGUAAUCGUAAUUAUUGUAAAUUAAAUAUAUGCGAGCGUGUACGUUACCGUUCCUGCA